AUGAAUCAACAAUGCAAAGUAUGUGGUGAACCAGCAGCAGGAUUUCAUUUUGGAGCAUUUACAUGCGAAGGAUGCAAGUCCUUCUUCGGUCGAACGUACAACAACUUGUCAUCGAUAUCGGAAUGCAAAAACAACGGAGAAUGUGUCAUCAACAAGAAAAACCGAACUGCAUGUAAGGCGUGCCGGUUGCGAAAGUGUCUAGUGGUCGGAAUGUCCAAGAGUGGCUCUCGUUACGGCCGGCGUUCGAACUGGUUCAAAAUUCAUUGUUUGCUACAAGAGCAACAGCAACAACAGCAGCAACAAAAGGCUUGUCACAACAACAACAACAACAACAACAAUAAUAAUAAUAAUGCUACCAUAAAUAACAUAAGCAACGAAAAUAGUAGCAAUAGUACCAGUUCUCCGGGGUUGUCGAUCUCAAAUGGCUUUCUUCCGAGUAGUUUUAUAUCGAACCUUUGUAACAACAACAACAACAACAACAACAACAACAACAACAACAACAACAACAACAACAACAGCAGUGUGAACAAUAACAAUAAUAACAACAGUAUACACAAAAAUAAUAAUACGAUUAAAAAGAGCUUGAAGCGUGCAAGUACCCCUAGUGAUUCGGGUGCAUCGUCUGCCGACUUGGAUGAGGGUGGAGGAGGUGGUGGAUGUGGCGAUGGAAGCAGUUCGUAUAAGGAGCAACUUGUUGGCAGUGGAAUUAUGGAAAACGGAUUUAAAACGCCAGACCACGUGGAGGUUAACUUGUCUAAGCUACCGUUAAAAAUCUCCCGUACUCCACCUUCAUCAUCCCUCCAGGCACUCGCCGAGACGUAUCGUCCUGCGCUACUGGACCGCAUGUCACCAUAUUUACCUGCAGUAUCGUUUCGAACCGAUGGAUCUCCCUUCUUUCCAGUGGCUUUUUCAUUCCCACCCGUAUCGCUGUCCAUGCUUUCCUCCGGGCAUGCCGGGGUUCAGCUAUGUAAGCGGGACGAGCAGAGCGAACCCAUUGACCUGUCCAUGAAGUCUUCUAAGUCAUCAUCUAGAUCCUCAUCUGAAUCUCCCCGACGAAUACGCGAUAGUUCACCACUACUGCCCGAUCCCAGUGAACCGAACGACCAAACCGCAUCGACGGCCAUCGCUAACAAGACAGUUCCUCUCGAUCUUUCAACGUUUGUGCGUAGCAAUAGCCUACCAGGGUGA